AUGGUAGGCCCAGCAUCGAGUACAAAUUGUUCCGUUGCCACAUGUAAUGACGAAUGGAAAACAGGUGAUUAUAAAGGAAAUACAUCAACAUGCAAAGACGGAUAUUUUGGUGUCAAUUGCGAGUAUAAUUGUACAACUAACUGCAAGACAUGCCUAUCUGAGACGCUGAAUUCGAGUGAGUCUAUUUGUACAACAUGCAAGAUAGGAUAUUUCUUGUUUAGGAAUAGUUGUUUCGAGUGCCUUGGUAAGUGUAUGGCUUGUGACCGUAUAUCAUACUGUACGGAAUGUAUGCCGGGAUUUUAUGGGCCAAGCUGUAGGAUGUGUCCAAGUACCUGCUUGGAAUGUACCUCAGAAGAUACAUGUACAAAGUGCAAAGACAGCUGGUCGGGAGGACACAAAUGCCAGUGUAGUCACGGCUGUUUACGGGAUGAUGGCCUCGAUUCUUUGUGCUUUACCAAUGGGACUUGUGCAAAAGGCUGCAUCGAUGGGAAAAUGGGACAUCAAUGUAAUAUAGAUUGCCCAGGGAAAAAUGGUUGCUUGAAAUGUGAUCAAGGUAGCGGCCGCUGCACAGAAUGUGUCCCUGGUCUUUAUAAUGGCCUACGUCAUUGCGACCAACAAUGCGGGAACUGUUUGCCUGAUGGCACCGGAGUGGUCAAAUGUGCAAUAGAGACUGGAGAUUGUUAUGAAUCUUGCGUUGAUGGAUACUUUGGAAAAAAGUGCAGACAGAAUUGCAGCGAAAAUUGUUUAGACCCUAAAACAAACACGCACAAAUGUGAUAAAAAUACAGGAAAUUGUAUGGCAUGUAAACCAGGUUAUUAUGGAAGCCGUUGUGAACACUUGUGCAACGAGAACUGCAUCGAUCCUGUUACGAAUAUAAACAGAUGUGACCAAAGCUCAGGGGAUUGUAAACACUGUAAGAAUGGAUAUUUUGGAAAGAAGUGCUCGCGUAAGUGCGCACAGAACUGUGUUACAUCACACGAAUUCAAUACCUGUCAUAUUGAAACAGGUAAAUGUCAUAGAUGCAAGUUGAACUACUUUGGUGUUUUUUGUGAGAAAGAGUGUUGGAAACAUUGCGAUUCAUGCGAACAGAGUACGGGACUUUGUAAUAGUUGUAAAAGCAACUUUUAUGGUGAAUACUGCAAUUUGACCUGUCCACAAAAUUGUGCAGAGGAAACACACGCUAUGGCAAAAGGAAUUAUGUGCCAAAGAGAAACUGGUGAAUGUUUGGUUUGUAAAACCGGUUUCUACGGGAAAACAUGUGACAGAGUUUGUCCUUCAAAUUGUGGGAAACCAUCCUGUUUGAAGUCGGAUGGAUACUGUUUAAGUUGUCAAAGUGGAUAUCAUGGUAAUUUAUGCGAGAAAAACUGUAGUAGAACAUGUCGAAAACAUAAGCAUUCCGGAAUAGGAUCGUGUCGCCAAACCACGGGAACAUGCACCAUUGGCUGUAUGCAAGGCUGGCAUAACAGUAUGUGUCAAGACAAAUGUAACAGCACAUGCAAAUUUCUCACAUGUGAAAUGCAAACAGGUAGAUGCUCAAGUGGUUGUGUAAAAGGCUAUGAAGGAGACUUCUGUGAAAUUAAGCAGAUAUAUUUUCAACCAACAGCAGAAGAAAUUACGGUCAAUGAAGGAAGCAUUGUAAACAAUAUCCAGUGUUUUUCAUUUUGUGACUCAGAAUGUGCAUUUGACUGGAUACAAAAUUCGAACAGCAAAACAAUCAGCAGAGGAGGACUUCUUAGCUUGAAUAGGGUAUUUCGCAAGGAAGCGGGUGUGUACACCUGCCAGGUGACAGAUCCUUCGAUAUCUAAAACUUUUCACAAAGAUGUGGUGAUCCAUGUUAGAUACGGACCAGAUCAGCUGCAAAUAAUUCCAGACAAACAUUUGACUGUGGCUGUUGGCACAGAAGCACCUUUGGUAAAGUGCACGGCGAACUGCUAUCCACCUUGUUCCUUCAAAUGGACAAAAUUAAUAGACAACGCAACAGUGACCCAAAAUGAUACGCUACAGCUUGGCAUUGUUUCAUUCCAUCACAAUGGGGUUUAUACAUGUACUGCAACAAAUAAAGCACCGGAAUAUCCAAAGUCCAACAGUCUGACCUUUACACUAGAAGUCAGAGAAAACCCCAUGUCAUAUGCCAUGAUAGCAAUCUUCUCAGUACCCCCUGCAUUAAUAGUGGCAGUACUUAUUGGAGCCACAAUAGUUGCAUGCAGGAAAAGACGAGCUAACAUAAGUAACAUAGUCGCACCUGCAGUUUACUACAACACAGAAGUGUCUGUUCAAAGGAAUUACACGGAAAGUGCUGCAACUUCUUUCGAAGAGCAAGAGGAGCAUACAUACUUUGACCUGGACCGAGUUGCAAAGAAAGAAGAGGACUAUAAAAUUAUAGAGCAAGAACUUAAGUCAAGCAAAAUUUGAAUGGAACUUAAUGAAGUUAAAUAAAGCAACAAGUUCACACGUUUGUGCAUAUAAAUAUGUUUAAACCUUAACAUACCACAGCCAUUCUUUUGCAUAGUACGGUGACAAGAAAUGCAAUGUGAUGCAAUAUUUGUGGAGCAGAUGCUCUGAGCUAUUGACCAAAGACUGAAGAACUUUAUUUACAUAAACACUGUACAAUAUUGUAAUUUUGCCUGCGUUCCAAACAAAAAAAAAACUGCGCUAAACAGCACUGUUUUAGAGGAAACAUUCCAGCCACAAAUGAACAUCCGAUUAAUCGUUAGUUUUUUACGACCUUGGGCAAGAUCACAUGAGUAGGAGAAAUAGUGUCGCAAACAGGCCAAACUGACUCUUUUAAAAAGCUUUUUAUGCACAUUCUAACAUUUUAAUUCUAUCAAAUUUUACACAAACCUGAUAUUUCAUACAGUUCCAUUCAUUGCAUGUCUUUCACUGUAAUCUUCA